AACGACGCUACGGCUGCACCAACCUCCAGGGUGUCCUUGCCCUUUCCGACUCCUCUCUUAAACUCCUAGCUGCACUGCUCUUCAACGUGAAAUAAUUAAACACUCAAACGCACGACGCGUCUCUGCGACUUGCAUUAGGUUCUCCUUGGACGCGCUGCCCCCUGCUGCAAGUCUCACUUAGCUUGGAAAUGCCAGUGUCCCCAGAGUAUUCUCACCUCUUCCCCUCACACACGCUCCAGCAGUGCGACACGAAUACUAAGCCCAUCGUAGACGCGGACGGAGACCUCGUUCUCUCCAGUCCCGUGCAACAGCAGACGCAACAGCAGACGCAGAAGCAUAGAAUCACCACCCUUACGGCAUACCCCUCUUUCAAUACAAACCCAGACCGUCCUCCUUCAAUAACGAACAACAUGCCUGUGUCCACGCCACUCCUCUCACAUGCUCCUGUGGAGAACACCGCUGCGAACGUACCCUUACCAAUCGACCAAUCGACCGCUCUUACCCCUACGUCCUAUGACAUGUCUUCGUCUUCGUCUUCGUCCACCUCACGUCUGUCCCCAGCAACCCUCAAACACGGGAUGCCGUCCAGCGAGUCUACGCUCGCCCUAGGCUCAUCCGACUGUGAAUUCGGAUCGGAAUCGGAUGAUGAAGUCGGGGGUGCUUAUGUACCCGGAAAGAGAUCACGGAGGAAUAACGCGAAAAUGAAUGCCGGUACUUCAGGUAAGCAGAGAGGUUUGAGGGUGACAGAUGACUGCACUGCGGAGCGUGAGCGUGAUGGACGGCGUCCGUAUAAGCGAGCGCGGAUAGACGAUGGGAAUUUGGGUAUUGUCGAGGACGGCGACGUUGAUGUUGUGGGGGAUAUAAGGAUGUCUAGGUCUCGUUCGUCGUCGGCGACGGCGCUUGGAGAAGAAGACGACGACGCGAGGAAGGAACGCGGACGGGUGCAGAAGAAGUAUGCGCAUACACUCACCCCAGAACGCGAGCAGGAGAACACGAUGUCCACGCGCAUGUCCCUCUCGCCGCUCCCGCGACCCUCCUACUCUCGGUUUCAAUCGUCGGGCUCGACCUCGUCUUCGGGUUCCCCGUUCCCUUCUUCCCCACCGUCAAAUGGUUCCGCGACUACGUCUUCCUCUACCUUUGCGUUCAACCCCUCUCUGCCGCAGCCCUUCUGGUUUGAUGACGGCGACCUCGUCGUAUUCGUUUCGACCAACCCCGUCUCUUCGUCCCUUGCGUCGAACUCUAUAGUGUCAUCGGCGUCGACUCCCUUCGCACCAGCUUCCUCACGUCCGCCUUCGAGACCUUCGUCUCACACGCCCUCUUCGUCUGUGAGUUCGAUAUAUUCUCGUCACGAAUCGCCUCCCCCGAGUACGUCAGCCUUCCGGAUACACGCUGCGCGUCUCGCACUCGCCUCUUCCGCAUUUGCUUCUCUCCUUUCUUCUCCACUUCUUGACAGUCCCACGAAGGAGGACAGUGCACGCGCUGCGAGGGAAAUUGCUGUUCGACUUGCUUCGGGACGUGGGCAUGUCUCGGAGAGUAAGACGCCUACGUCGAUGUUCGAUAGAAGGUGUCGUGAGGAGGGCAGACGUGCAAGGAGGGAAAGGGAUGGUGAAGGUGAAGAUGAGUGUGAAUAUGCGGGAGGAUGUCCUGCUAUCAGGUUAGAGGGAGAUACACCGCGUGAUUGGAAUGUUGCGCUUGAGGCGAUUUAUGAACCUAUGAGUUUCCAAGUUCGACCGAUGGUAUUUGAUACGCUAUCAAGCGCGCUGCGUAUAUCGACGCGGUAUGGCUUGCGCCAAUUGAGAGAAUGGACGAUUGCGCAGUUGAGGACGACUUGGCCGAGUAAUAUUGAAAGGAUGGCCCCGGUUGCGUUGCCGCAUGCUGCAGACGCCAUCGCGCUUGCUCGAGCAUGCGACGUACCAGAGAUCCUCCCCGCGGCAUUCUAUGCGCUCUCGGUACAACGAUGGCGACCGAGUCCGGUGCAUUGUCCCGGUCCCAACGCUGUUUCGAGCAUGCGAUCUCCUGCUUUCCCCAGCGUCACCACUACCCACCCUACUGGACUCAACUCCUCUAGUAAUCUGACAUCUGGAGCGGAAGCGGGAGGGACAGACGGUGGCCGAGCACAUUUGGUUCUUGACCCGACUGAUUUGAGGAGACUUGUUGCGGGGAGAGAGGCCUUGCAGGAUGUGCUUGUGGAGAUUAUUGCGUGUCCUUUGGUUGUUGGGGCGACUAUGCGGAGUGGGGAGGAUGAAGGUGAUAUAGGACCGGGAGAUGAGCUGGCUAUCCGUGGAAUAGGAAGCGGGGUUGGGAUUAACGGGAACACGAGGUUCCCACUCUCCCCCGCACCUUCGCCCUCGCCAAGGGUAUCCGCCGCAGAUAAUAAUGUUCCACCGGCGAUACCUUCCCCGCCGUUGUCGACUGUCUCGGGGACGACUUCUGUUACGCUCGUCUCUGUCUCGUCGGACUCUGGGCCAUCCAGUUCGGGAUUAUACCAGCCUGCGGCUUCUGUCCCGCCGUCUUCUUCGUUCUCGUCGUUCUCUGCGUUGCCAUCUUCGUCCUCUGCGUUCUCGAUGUCCUCGAUGACCAUCUCGUUCGGGUUCUUCUCUAACAACCUAAACUCUGACGGUGUCUCGACGCCUCCCCCUCAACGUACCCCGCAUUUCACAUUUUGUCCCCAUACCGCGACUUGUAGGACUGCUCUAGAGGGCUUAUGGCGCACGAGAUUGGCACCGACGAACGGGAUGGGCCAGAGGAGGGCUUGGGGGACGUGGCUUGCGAGGGAGUUACAUCGGUUGGCUACGUUACCGAGGCAGCAGUAUUUAUCCCAGAUACAUGGUCACGGUUCAGAAGAUCUACUAGGUUAUUCCGGCUCUCCUGGUUUAACACUGGGAGGGGAAGUGGAGAUGGAUGGUCCUCCUGGUAGUGGGAAGGGCAAAGAAAACGGAAGUGGAGGGAACGGAGGGAAUGGAGAGAAGGCGGUGGUGUGUACGAGGUGUUGGGAAGAGAACCGACGGCUUGCACUGUGGAGGCUUGAUUGGUUGUGUGCGGCUAUUCCGGGGAUGUUCUGUCUUUGAGUCUCUCCCUCCCCCAGGGUUCGAACGGGUGUAUCUGGUUUUAUAUACAAAACGAAGUAAGCGAGGCGAGGAUGGGAAUGAUGAUUUUGACAAAGAGCAAGACAGGGACACGAGAAGUUGAGGACAACACAAUGCGUUUAUUACGAGUAUUGUUACUACGAAGGUGGCGUGGUUUGCAGGAGGACAAACUUAGGCGACGUAUACGUGCAUGGACAGGCGGAUGUGAUCACAGUUAUCUCGGAUAUCCUGCCCCUCCUUCUAUGAUCGGAUAGACGGGAUCCUUGGGCACCUUGGUUCUUGGAGAUCGGAUCCUGGAAUUAUAAUUGCACUACCAGGGUGGGCUCGGUACCGAGGCCGAUUCAACACGAGGAAAUUAUACGUACGAUUCGGUCUAUGCAACACGCGAGAGUUAUCAGUUCGACAUACCUUAUUUCAAUUAUGACCUUGUCAACUUGACUUAUCUCCUUUACCCCCUCUCCGGAUUUGAGGAUUUAAAGAUCUGAGAACGUUUCUCUAUCUUUACCUCUCGUCUCCUUCCUCAUACUUUGAUUUUGUUUGGUCUGCGUUCUUCUUUGGACCCUUUUCCCCCGAACUUCCACCCUUUUGACUUUGACUUCAACGUCAGCUUCGACUUUGAAAACUUUGACUUUUUCAGUUUCGUUCGAGUCAAGGACACUACACAGAUCUUUAUAUCGACACGCAUACACACACGUACGCAUACGUACAAUCGUUUGCUUACAUAUAUUGAUUGUAUUCUUAUUCGCCUUCUGUCUUCUCUUUCGUUUUUCUUGUUCCAUCUUUCAUUCUUCUUUUUCUUUUGUUGUAUUAUUUACUGUUGGUUUUCGACGUUCGGUUUCGCCUGAUUGAAUUUUCUGGAUUUCUCCAGUCCUCUCCUAGGCUUGUUGAGUGUAUAUUCUCUUUGUUAGGGGUUUUCCGUUCUUUCUCUCCUCUUUUUCUAAAUUUUGUCUCUUUCCUGGUUGGUCUUUGGCAUAACUUUUUUUUGUUUGAGUUUGAGUUUGAGCAUACAUACACGGGUUCUUACUUUUACAGUUCAAAUUUCCAUCCUCCUCCUACAUUCCUCCCACAUACCUUAUUCCAACUUCUUCCUUCCCUGCGUUCACAGGAGCACACACUCUAAGAUUCCACACAUCACUUAAUCCACCCUUCC